AUGGGAUCCAUGUAUUCCGCAAUUCUGUUCAUGGGGGUGCAGAACUCUACCUCAAUUCAGCCGGUUGUGGCUGUUGAGCGCACAGUCUUUUACAGGGAAAGUGCAGCUCGCAUGUACUCACCUUUGCCAUAUGCAUUGAGACAGGUUGUAAUUGAACUUCCAUAUAUCCUUGUCCAGUCCUUAAUAUAUGGUAUUCUAGUAUAUGCUAUGAUUGGGUUCGAGUGGACAAUUGCCAAGUUCUUUUGGUACAUGUUCUUCAUGUACUUCACUCUAGCUUACUUCACAUUUUAUGGAAUGAUGUCGAUGGGACUGACCUCAAACUACAAUGUUGCCUCUAUUGCUUCUGCGGCGUUCUAUGCUCUCUGGAACCUUUUCUCGGGAUUUAUUAUACCAAGAACUAGAAUCCCAAUAUGGUGGAGAUGGUACUAUUGGCUCAACCCUAUUGCAUGGACACUCAAUGGUCUGGUCACUUCACAGUUUGGAGAUGUAACAGAAGAGUUUGAUAAUGGAGUGCGAGUAUCCGAGUUUGUAGAAAGCUACUUUGGGUACCAUCAGGACUUACUGUGGGUAGUCGCUAAUGUGGUCGUCUUAUUUGCUGUUCUUUUUGCUUUCCUUUUCGGACUCUCAAUCAAGCUAUUUAACUUCGAAAAGAGAUAA